GUAAUACGACAUGUUUAUUAGUGGUUAGUAAGAAAACGAUAAGCUAUUUAUUACAACAUAAGUCUGAAUAGUUAUUUUAUAAAGAAUUAAAAGUAAAACCAUAGACUUUAAAUUAAAAUAGAUAUACAUAAAUUUUAUAUCAACUGUUAUUGAUAUUAAACUGAAGAUGGUACGAAUUGUUCUAAAUCAGAGAAAGAAAAUGCAUUUUGUCAAUGAUGUGACCAAAUUUUUCUAUGGCGGUCUCAGUAAUGAGACAAGCAGACUAAGGAGCUAUGCCGUUCAAUCUACAAAAAGAUAUCCUUCCAAAGUUCGUAUUGUCGAAGUUGGUCCAAGAGAUGGUCUUCAAAACGAACCUAAUAUAAUCCCCACAGACGUUAAAGUAGAAUUCAUAAACAGGUUGUCUCAUACAGGACUAAAAAAUAUUGAAGCUACUAGUUUCGUUUCUCCAAAGUGGGUUCCCCAAAUGGCAGAUCAUGCAGAAGUUUAUAGGAAGAUAGAUAAAAUUCCUGGAUUAUCAUACCCAGUUCUAGUACCAAAUAUGAAGGGAUUGCUCACAGCUAUGCAACAUGAUGUCAAAGAGAUUGCUGUGUUUGGUUCUGCGUCAGAGGGUUUUAGUCGAAAGAACAUUCAUUGCAGUAUUGAAGAGAGUUUAGGAAGAUUUGAAGAUGUCGUGUCGACAGCUCUAGAUCAUGGUAUUAAAGUCCGUGGUUAUGUGUCUUGUGUUUGUGGAUGCCCUUAUGACGGAGCUGUUUCACCACAAGAUGUGGCAAUGGUUGCUAGUGCAUUGUAUGAAAUGGGCUGUUAUGAAAUAUCACUUGGAGAUACAAUUGGGGUUGGAACUCCAGGAACAAUAAGACCUAUGUUACAAGAAGUUUUGAAAGUUGUGCCUAUUGAAAGUAUGGCACUUCAUUGUCAUGAUACUUAUGGGCAAGCUCUUUCCAAUAUUCUUACUGCACUAGAUAUGGGCGUUUCAGUUUUUGAUGCAUCUGUAGCUGGUCUCGGAGGUUGUCCAUAUGCCAAAGGAGCAUCUGGAAAUGUUGCUACAGAAGAUUUAGUGUAUAUGUUAGAAGGUAUGAAUAUUGAAACAGAUGUAAAUAUAGAAGCAUUAUUAAAUGUAAGCAGAUAUAUAAGUGAAGAACUGAAUAAAAACACUGAAUCUAAAGUAUCUAGAGCAUUAUCUGGAAAAGAAAAACCACUCAAAUUUCUUCAGACAUAUAGGAAUCAGUCAUUACUGAGAGUUGUAAAAUAACUAAAUGAUUGAUUAUUUAUAAUUUGUUGACUAUUCCAUUUAAUUUUUUACGUACAAUGAUAUUGAUUAUUUAUAAGACUGAGUAUAAUUAUACAUGAUAUUUUGUUUGUGAAAUGUGUAAAUUGUAAUGUGAUCUUAUUAUUUUACUAUUAAUUAGGAUAGAUAAUUUUUAAUAUUUUACUAUGAAUUUUCUAUUUUUCCUAAUUGAUUUUAUACUUUUGUGAUAUUUAUUCAUUAUUUAUAAUCUAGUUGUGUUAAUAAACAUUUAUCUAUUGAUACUAGUGAUGAUGAUAUUAAAUUACUAAAAUUGUACGUACUGUACUGUGAAUAACAUAUUUAUUUGUAUAGAUUUUUGGAUUUAAUAUACUCCUUGAUAAAUGUUCA